UCGGGCUGGCGAGUGCUGCUUGCGGCCACCGUCUUCGUCCGCAACCUCUACUGCCGCUUCCUCUGCCCCGUGGGGGCCGCGCUGGGGUUGCUGUCGAAGCUGACCGUGUUCGGGAUCAAACGCUGGUCCGAGUGCAACACCUGCAAGAUUUGCGAGAAGACCUGCGAAUGGGGCGCGAUUCGCGGGCCGCAGAUCGUCAUGACCGAGUGCGUGCGGUGCGACGACUGCGAGCGGCUCUACGCGGACACCGUCAAGUGCCCGCACUGGAUCAUCAUUGCUAGACGGGGGCUGCGCCCCCGACACCACGGAAGCACUAGACCAGACCUAGUGUUGAACACGUACCCCGCGCCGCGCCGCCGAGGCCCGCCGUGCGGGCCUUGGGACCACCGCUCACUCGCCAGGCGGCACGCCGCCGGCGGGGUCUACUGCGACAUCCCCGCGAACAGGAACCGCCGCGCCCGGUGGUUGCGCUGCGCUUCCGCGGUGUACAGGUUGCCCUUGCUGUCGACGGCAAUGUGGUGGAGCGCGUCGAAGUUGCCCGGCUCCGUGCCCAGCUCGCCCCAGGUGUCGAGCACCUCGAGCGUCUGGCGGUUCAGCACGUGGAUGUGCAGGUUCGCCUGGUCGGCGACGUACAGGUACGUCUGCUCCGGAUCGGGCGAGAACGCCAGGCCGGCGCAGGUCAGCGAACGCCCUUCGUCCGGGUUGACGAAGACCUGCCGCUGGUAG